UCUGCGCAUGCGCAUCCCUCCUCACCCUCUCGAGGUGGGAAAAUUCAUCCUGCUGUUUGAGCUAACCUGAAGCGUCAACAUGAAUCUGUGGACACGUUUAUAAGACAAGCUGCUCACACAGACUCUGUGACCAUCCAUCAGUCUGAUUUACUCGUUCAGUCAGGAUGAAGAUCGCGGUGGAAGGCUGCUGCCAUGGGGAGCUGGACAAGAUCUACGAGACGAUCGGCUUCCUGGAGAAGAAGGAAGGGGUUAAAGUGGACCUCCUGCUCUGCUGCGGAGACUUCCAGGCGGUGCGGAACGAGGGGGACAUGAAGUGCAUGGCGGUUCCAGCCAAGUACAGAACCAUGCAGACCUUCUACAAGUACUACUCUGGAGAGAAGAAAGCUCCAGUGCUAACCAUCUUCAUCGGGGGGAACCACGAGGCCUCCAACCACCUGCAGGAGCUCCCGUACGGAGGCUGGGUGGCUCCAAAUAUUUAUUACCUGGGUUACGCCGGCGUCGUUCGCUACAAAGGGAUCAGAAUUGGUGGCUUAUCUGGCAUCUUCAAAUCCCACGACUACAGAAGAGGUCACCAUGAAUUCCCUCCGUACAAUCCUGACACUCUGAGAAGUGUUUACCACAUCCGCAACAUCGAGGUGUUUAAACUGAAACAGAUCCAGAUGCCCAUCGACAUUUUCAUGAGCCACGACUGGCCUCGUGGAAUCUACCGCUACGGGAGCACGGCCGAGCUGCUGAGGAAGAAGAAGUUCCUGCGACAAGAAGUGGAGACCAACACUCUGGGGAGUCCUGCAGCCGAGGAGCUCCUGGCUCACCUCCAGCCCAGCUACUGGUUCUCUGCACAUCUGCAUGUCAAGUUUGCUGCCGUCAUGCAGCAUAAGCCUAAAGUGAAUUCAGCACCACGCGUCACCAAGUUCCUGUCCCUGGAUAAAUGCCUCCCUUACAGAGAGUUCCUCCAGAUUGUGGACGUCCCAGAGAGAGCGGGUUCGUCUGAAGGUCUGGAGUACGAUCCGGAGUGGCUCGCUAUCCUGAAGGCCACCAACAACCUGCAGAGGAUCACCCCUCACCUCUGGAACCCUCCGGAGAAUAACGGCCUGCAUGAACGGUGGGACUUCACGGCUUCAGAAGCCGCCAUGAUGAAGGUCGUGGGGGAUUUCAGCGGCGAGCUCGCCGUUCCGGACAACUUCAGCCGCACCGUGCCGGCCUACGACCCCAACAAGCCCCAGCACGGAGCGGCGCCCAGCUGCAGCACCAACCCACAGACCACGGAGCUCUGCGCCACGUUAGGACUCACGGACCUCUACGCCCUCGCCGGACACGGAGGAGUCCUGGGGAGCACCGGAGGGGAGGAUGACGACGAUGACGGGCAGAGUGUAGGGAGCGCCGACGAGCCCAGCGAGUACCCGACGGACACUUCAGGGUUGUCGAGCUCGUAUAACCCCGAUGAGAUCACGAUAGAGGACGAGUGGGAGGAAGAGGAGGAGGGAGCGGAGAAGGAUGACGGCGAGGGCGACUCCAAACCUGAAACGAAGGAGGAGAAGCUUCCAGCAGGAGACUUCCACACACCGGGACGCUUAGUCCUCCCAAAACCAAAGUCUGAUUUCUCCCCGACUCGUCUCCCCGACCUCAUGAACCUCCCGCCUCCGUCACACUCCACGCCGGCAGUCCCACGCUCUCUCUCUGCAGCAGAGAAGGAGGACGAGGAGGAGGAUGGCGCGGCGGCGGCGGCGGCACGUGUCCCAAAACGCACCAGCGAUGAAAGCGGAGAUCCCGGCAGCAAGGGGACGACUCGGAUCAAACGCAGGAACCAGGUCAUCUAUACGGCCGUGGAGGACGAGGAGGACGAAGAUUAGAGACUCUCUGUAUCUUUUUAAUUCCUGCCGGUGAUCAGAUCAAAGUCAGAGCAGGCUGGACGUUUCUCCAGGACGACUCAUGAAAUGUUUCUGUUCUAAAAUUUGAGUUUAUGCAUUUUAAUCCAACCCAGGAUAUUUUAGGAAUCAAAUGAAAUGAGUUCUUUUUGUACGUUCUGUUAAGAAGCUGUAAAUAUUAUUUUUUAACACAUUAAAGACAAACACAGCUGUGCAGACACGACUCUGACUGAUUCAAUAAACUAAAGGAAGCUUUUCAUGUCGAAGCAA